AUGAAGGAUCCAGUGACGGCGGUGACUGGGAUCACGUACGACCGGGAGAGCAUCGAGCAAUGGCUGUUCAUAUCCCACAACACCACGUGUCCCGUCUCCAACCAGCCCCUCCCCCCGGACUCCCUCCUCACCCCCAAUCACACCCUUCGCCGUCUGAUCCAGUCCUGGUGCACCCAGAACGCGGUUCACGGGAUCGAUAGGAUUCCCACCCCGAAACCCCCUCUUGAGAAAGUCCAUGUCCGCAACCUCCUCCGCGACCUCUCCCUUCCCAUGCUCCAGCUUGCCACCCUUAGGAAGCUCGAACUACUAGUUCUGGAGCACGAGCGCAACAGAAAGUUUUUAAUCGAGGCUGGGCUGAUCGAGGCCAUGUCACAAUUCAUCGCGACAUGCCACAAGAGAGCGGAAACCAGUGGGCUCGAAGAAGCUCUGAGCGUUCUCUCCUACCUACGAAGCUCAUCAAACGAGGCGAAACGGCUUGUAAUUCAGAACGACCAUAUCAUCGACACGUUGGUCUGGGUUUUAGGCCAGGAAAUUGACAGCCAAGCCAAAAGUCAUGCGCUUUUAGUGCUCAAAACGAUUAUUUCGAAGGCGAGUUCUAGUUCUCUGGAGAGGCUAAAAUUGGAAUUUUUUGAAAAGAUCGUCGGAGUGAUAACACAAAAGAGAGUAUCACAUCAAGGAAUCAACGCCGCGCUGCACGUGAUGCUGGACACGUGUCCCUGGGGAAGGAACCGGUUGAUGAUGGUAGAAGCCGGGGCAGUAACGGUGAUGGUUGAGCUCGAACUUGAGUCCCCCGAGAAAAGGACGACGGAGCUUAUCCUGGGAAUAUUGUUCCACCUUUGCUCCUGCGCUGACGGGAGGGCGCAGCUAGUGGGCCACGCUGCUGGCAUAGCGGUUGUGACAAAGCGGCUCCUGAGGGUUUCACCGGCGGCCGAUGACCGGGCCUUGCUGAUCAUUGCCUUGAUAUGCAAGUAUACCAGCAACCCAGCGGUGAUUCAGGAGAUGCUGAGGGUUGGGACUGUUACCAAGCUUUGCAUGGUGCUUCAGGUUGAAUGUGCAGCUUAUCUCAAGGAGAAGGCGAAGGAGGUGCUUAGAACUCAUUCUAAUGUGUGGAAGAAAUCACCUUGUGUUGAAGUGAGUACUCUCUUGAGCAGGUGCUCUAGAAUAUAUUUUCACCGCUAG